AUGAAGCUUUUCCUCGUGGUGUUGGCCGCUACGGCUUUUGUCUCAGCAGAAGACAGUGACAAUACAUUAGAAACGGCAAUCAACUUCGUGAAGGACUGCAAAGGAGAUUACAUUUUAUGUGUUAAGGAAAAAAUGCUCCGAAUCGUGGACAAUUUGAGAGCAUCAAGAAGCAUAACGGUUGUCGAUGGAGUAGUCUUCAAGGGUGAGCCGGAACCAAGGUCCUCAAAGAGAUACGAUGCUUUGCCCGUCGAUCCAAGUGCAAGGGAUGCUGAGGUCAACUAUAGGCUCGUUGAUGGCGUCGUUGGACUCUUUGAGACUCAUGCUCUUGAAGUCAAGAUGAACGAUUCUGACAAGCAAUCUAUCCAAAGAUCACUCGAAGAAGGCCGUGGCAAGAAGAAGGGUGGUGGCAUGGGCCUUAUCGGUCUUUUAGCCGCAAAGAUUUUGUUUGGCAAACUUUUCAUCGUCAAGCUCAUCGCUCUGAAGGCCCUUGCUACUGCCAAGAUCGCAUUGGUCCUGGGUGCUAUCCUCUUCGUCGCCUACUGUCUCAAACAGGAGCACACUAAGACCACAUACGAAGUCGUUCCUCACCCUCACCACCAUGAAUCCCAUCAUCCAGUACAAGUAGACCACGUCAGCCAUGAGUCCGGCCACGGGUAUUCCGGCUACGGUUCUGACUGGAACAAGAACAUGGAUGAUGCUCAAAACAUGGCCUACAGCGGUUAUUCACGCUCAAGUUAA